CAAGUUCACGGCAACAUGGCUAAACGCACCAAGAAGGUCAGAAUCGACAAUAAAUAUGGCGCCUCCCUCAGGAAAAUGGUGAAGAAAAUUGAAACCAGCCAGCAGGCCAAGUACACUUGCUACUUCUGUGGCAAAAUCAAGAUGAAGAGGCAAGCUGUGGGGAUCUGGCACUGUGGUUCCUGCAUGAAAACAGUCGCUGGUGGUGCCUGGACCCACAACCCACUUCUGCCGUCACAGCAAAGUCACCAUCAGAAGACGAAGGAAUUGAAAGACCAACAGAAGCUCCACAGUUUGAAACAUUGUGAGCCUAUAAUAAAUGGGUUAAUUUAUAUAACAACACCAAAAUGUACAAUACUUCUCACAGCAUGGUGGCUUGGCUAUCUCAGUCAAAAUUCUCUUUCAAAGCAAAGACCUAGGAGCCCUAUGUAGAUCUUGAGGGUUGAA